AUGGCGCGUCUAGGCCGCGUUGGGUUCCUCGCCCUAGCGGUGGUCUUCCACUUGAUCUAUACAUACUCGAUUUUCGACAUUUACUUCGUUAGCCCCAUUGUGAGUGGUAUGCGAUCAUAUGGUGUCGAACGACCCGAAGGUACCAGUGCACCAGCUCAACGAUUGGUCCUCUUCGUUGCCGAUGGCCUGCGCGCCGACAAGGCCUUCCAGGCUUUCCCCGACCCAUCCCCCGAGAACGACGCCGAACCAAGCGAUGAGUUGAUCCGGUUAUCGCCAUUCAUUAGAUCCCAGGUCCUUUCGCAUGGAACCUUUGGCGUCUCCCACACCCGGGUCCCCACCGAGUCUCGACCGGGACAUGUUGCGCUCAUUGCCGGCCUAUACGAGGAUGUAUCGGCGGUUACAACAGGCUGGAAGCUGAACCCAGUCAACUUCGACAGUGUAUUCAACCGGAGUAGACACACAUGGAGUUGGGGGAGCCCCGAUAUCCUUCCAAUGUUCAAGGAGGGUGCGGAACCGGGUCGAGUCGAUGCGGAUACCUACGGCGAAGAAGAGGAGGACUUCAGUGUGGAUGCAUCACACUUGGAUACCUGGGUAUUUGAUAAGGUGCAUGAGCUCUUUGAGUCUGCCAAGAGCGACCCGGAGCUGGAUCGGAAACUGCGUGAGGACAAGUUGGUCUUCUUCCUUCACUUGCUUGGGCUGGAUACCACUGGUCACGCGUUCAGACCUUACUCCAAGGAAUACUUGAGUAACAUCAAGCUAGUAGAUCGUGGUGUGCAAGCCGUGACAAACCUUGUGGAGGAAUUCUAUGCGGACGACAAAACCGCGUUCAUCUUCACCGCGGACCAUGGCAUGAGUGACUUGGGUAGCCACGGUGAUGGUCACCCGGAUAACACGCGGACUCCUCUGGUUGCCUGGGGCUCUGGUGUUGCAAAGCCGCUCGCAAACACCCCAGGGGUUGCAACAGGACACGAAGAUGGAUUCUCGUCGGAUUGGGGAUUCGACCAAGUUCGACGCCACGAUGUAGCACAAGCCGACGUUGCCGCUCUAAUGGCCUACCUGGUGGGUGUUGACUAUCCGGUCAACUCUGUGGGUCAGCUGCCAUUGGCCUAUCUCGAUGGCAGCCCCGAGGAGAAGGCAUUGGCCGCUCUUGCAAAUACACGGGGCGUGCUGGAAAUGUACCAGGUCAAGGAACAGCAAAAGAGAGAAGCCUUGCUCCGCUAUGUGCCUUUCCAGCCCCUUUCUGGAGACGGUGAAACUUCAAUUGAAGGCCGUUUCGCAAACAUGGAGGCGCUUAUCAGCAAGGGUGAUUAUGAGGAUUCAAUUGCCCUAUCUUCUGAACUGCUACUUCUCGGACUUGAAGGUCUACGUUAUCUCCAGACUUAUGACUGGCUGUUCCUGCGGAACAUUGUCACUCUCGGAUAUCUGGGAUGGAUUGCCUAUUCUUUGACCACAGUGAUUGACUUGCACGUCUUGCAUGGAACGUCUGAUUCCCACCGGACUAUUGCUAGCAUCUCGUUCUUUUCAUCUAUCUUGGUGGCCCUGUUUUCUGUGUUCUUGUACCAGGGUUCAUCAUGGCGCUAUUACUUCUACGGGUUCUUCCCUGUCUAUUUCUGGGAAGAAGUUUUUGCGCGCAGGAAAGCUCUCAUUGCUGGUCGUGAGAUUGUUCUUGGCCACGUCCGUUCAUUCGGUGGAUAUGUGAGCUUUGGGGUGCAACUUUUGGCGUUCCUCGGUGUACUGGAGGCACUUGUCCAAGCCUAUUUCUAUCGGGAAAUCUUAACCAUCUGCUUUGCCUUGGGUGCUCUUUGGCCCUUGGCCUACGGGUUUGGAUUUAUUCGUAAUCAUAUCUUCUUGACCGUGGCAUGGGUCCUUGGCUGCUCUCUUAUGAGCAUUUUCCCUAUCCUCCCUGUCAGCAAAAUGGAGGAUAUUGAUACUAUUACCUAUGGUGGUCUUCUGAUGUUCCUUACUGGCGUUCUAUACCUGAUGUUCGAGGAUGCGAUCCUUGGAAAAAGCAGCGUUGCACCUAAAAGCCCAGCAGCAGUCAGCACAGUUGGCUCACGAAUCAUUGUGGGCACCCAAGUUGGUUUGGUUCUACUCGCCUUGCUUGUCACCCGAUCAAGUGUAUCCUUCCUCCAAGCUCGACAAGGUCUGCCUCUUGGUAACCAAGUCGUUGGUUGGGGUGUGCUAGGCUCAUCCGUGGCGCUUCCAUUCCUUCACCGGCUGUACCCGAACAGCCACUAUUUACACCGCCUCCUUGUCAUUUUCUUGACUUUCUCGCCCGCGUUCAUUAUUCUCACUAUUUCGUGGGAGGGAUUGUUUUACUUCGUGUUCUGCAUGACCUUGGUUACCUGGGUCCGCCUUGAGCAUGCCAUCUAUGUCCAUAAUGGAUCCAACGCGGCCAAGUCGUCAAAGUCGGCUACAUCGAAGUCCGGACCUACUGCUACCGCGACAGUUGACGGCCAGACAUACCGUUACCGCGCCCUCACGGUCUCUGAUGCCCGCGUGGCAUUGUUCUUCUUUUUCUUGUUGCAGUCGGCUUUCUUCAGCACCGGAAAUGUGGCCUCCCUCUCCACCUUCACCUUGGAGAGUGUUCGUCGACUUAUCCCUGUCUUCGCGCCCUUCAGCCAAGGAGCGCUCCUCCUCUUCCAAAUCCUAAUCCCCUUUGCCAUCAUCAGUGCCAAUCUCGGCAUCCUCAACCGCCGACUUGAAGUGGGACCUAGUGCCCUGUUUAUGGUGGUCAUGUCCAUUUCAGACGUAAUGACGCUGAACUUCUUCUAUCUCGUGCGCGACGAGGGCUCCUGGCUGGAUAUUGGCAUGACCAUCAGCCAUUACUGCAUCGCCAGUAUCCUGUGCAUUUUCGUUGCAGGACUCGAGUUCUUGAGUGAACAAUUCGUCAGCGGCGUGGACUUUGGUUCCGCGGCCGCUGCUGCAGUGCAGGUUGUCAGCGACGCUGCUGACUGUGGCCAUGAACCUGAAUCCGAACCCAAGGAGCAGCCAGUGCAGUCAGCCAAGCCCAAAAGCAAGGGCAAGAAGAACCGAAAGGCUCAACAAUAA